GGCCUCCGACCGGCAUGGCGGCCUUCAGGAUGCCCGCGUCCCUCUGGCGGCUCCUGAGAGGGUCUCGCGGCUCGCAGCGGCCCUGGACUCGGGCCCGGGCCCUGCCCCCGAGCCGGGCGCCGCUCCCGCCGCCGCCGCGCCGCCAGCUCAGCGCGGGGGCCGAGUCAGGUAGCGCGGAGAUGAAGAAACCAACGUUUAUGGAUGAGGAAGUCCAAAGUAUCCUCAUCAAGAUGACAGGCUUGGACUUGGAGAAGACCUUUAAGCCAGCAAUACAAGAGCUGAAGCCACCAACCUAUAAGCUGAUGACCCAGGCACAGCUGGAAGAGGCCACCAGGAAGGCGGCCGAGGAAGCCAGAGGACGGUUAAAAAUGCCACCGGUUCUGGAGGAACGAACACCAAUACAGGACGUGCUGGCAGAGGACAAGAUUUUGGAAGGAACAGAAACAAACAGAUACGUGUUUACUGAUAUAUCCUACAGCAUACCACACCGGGAGCGCUUCAUUGUUGUCAGAGAACCAAGCGGCACUCUGCGCAAAGCCUCUUGGGAAGAACGGGACCGGAUGAUACAAAUUUAUUUCCCAAAACAAGGCCGUAGAGUUCUGCCACCGGUAAUUUUCAAGAAAGAGAACCUUCAGACCAUGUACAGCCAGGACCGGCACGCCGAUGUUCUCAACCUCUGUGUCGCCCAGUUUGAGCCAGACUCCAAAGAGUAUAUCCAAAUUCAUCACCAGACCUAUGAAGAUAUAGACAGACAUGGCAAGUAUGACCUGUUUCGCUCAACCAGACACUUUGGUGGCAUGGCUUGGUAUUUUGUCAAUAAGAAGACGAUUGACGGUUUGCUGAUUGACCAGAUCCAGAGAGAUUUACUUGACGACGCCACCAGCCUGGUCCAGCUCUAUCACAUGCUCCACCCCGAUGGCCAGUCAGCUCGGGAGGCCAAAGAGCAGGCUGCUGAGGGAAUCCACUUAAUUAAGGUAUUUGCAAAAACAGAAGCUCAGAAGGGAGCCUACCUAGAGCUAACACUGCAAAUGUACCAAGAAGCCUCCCGGAGUCACUCUGCAGCUUCCUGAGGAUAUGUAAAAAAAUACACUUCAUUAGUUCCUU